ACCGUACACCGUACCGUACAAAUGGUCAUUGGGGUGCGUUCGGCUUCGGUUCGUAUUCCGUAUAACGGUUACCGAAAACCGUAUAAUACGGUGACGGCGCGCAGCCCUAUCCGCUAUGUGAAGACCCAUAAGACGUUGCGUAGAGACGUGUUGCGUGUCUGCUGGAUGAUUUAAACCCCCUUGCUCUCAAUGUCACUUCAGAAAUGUAUCGCCCUGAAAGUGGUCACUCCUCCUACACUUAUCCUUUAGCAAAUGACGCUGACCCCGGCUACCAUGGAUCUACUAGCGUCGAAGAGUAUAACAGCCGAUACUCGAUGAUAAUGGGGCCCCAGGGAGUUUUGCAGGCGACCCCAUGGAACCACCCAACCGAAUACUACGAGAACCUGCUGUCGCCCUUGUACAAUCAUGGCGUUCCGCCGAUGGCAGUUGAAAACGGUGGCUACAGUAGCCAUCCGCAAGGAUCCUGGGUGCCAGAGCUAAGCAGCCUUUAUGGGGCGGAGGGUCGUUUUUUUCCCGCCUUCGUCGGGGAAGACUUUGAGGCCACUCUUGCUCCUCCCGUUCAACCUGGGGACGGAACGCGCGCGCGUGCGCCAGUAGCCCCCAGCAAUCUGGUUCACGUCGUUCCUCCGAUAGAAUCGCCUUCAAGGAUAGCAACGUCGCCCCCGCCAUUCCAUGACGCUCCAGAUUCGUCUUACCAUGCCAAUAGCAAAUUAGAAACUGCUAUCCGCGGCCAUUACUCCUGCGCUGCCGGGUACGUAGAGAGAAAGUUCAACGACGAAACAAAGAGCAAGUUCGGCAGUGAGGCAGUCCAACAAAUCGCUCAGAAAUUCGGCAUCGCUUAUGAAGACCUCUUUUACUACCAUCGAGUCGUUGGUGAAAUUGACUGCAUCUGUCCUAUCGCCGACUGCCAGUCAGGGCAGACUACGUUCAAGGGAUACGCCAUUAAGUCCCACAUCAAGAGCUACCACCCGAAGGUUAUUUCUAGUAGGGAGAAGGUAGUAUGUGCCAGGAUGUCGAACAAGGGUAGCAGAUGCCCGGCUGAUCAUGAAGUUCAGGGAAAGCACUUUGUGACGCAUUUCUUGGGACGUCAUCUUAAUGCUCAUCAGAGGUGCCCGUUUUGCGAUGUUCAAGUGGGGAGGGUUCAGAACUUUGUGGCGCAUUUUGAUGUGUGCCGAAAAAUUGAGGUGCCUAAGAAACAUGUAUCGAAGAAGGGUGUGUAGAUAUAACUUGCAAUGUCUCGUGUGUAAGCAAACAAUUUUGGUUGAAUAUGAAUAUGAAUGAGAAGAAAUAGGUUAAAGGGAUGAGAAAAACAUUUAUUAGAUGUUAAGUAGAAAUAUUCAGGGUGUUGUGGCGAGGAAGUAUGGAACAACAUAGACGAACGGAAGGUAACACUGGUACGUCGAUAAGCG